AUAUGGAUGGAUGGAUGAAGGGUGACAGUUAAAACAAAAAUAAUAGAAAAAUAGAUUAAUUAGUGCAAAGCUGAUUUACAUUACACCACACGGGUGUUUUGAUCAGAGCCAAGACAGAAUACGAAACAUUUCUGUCGCUAUGACGACUUCUUUUCGAACGUGUGUUCAUUUCAUUCUAUAUUCUAUAGUCUUCAAUAUUCCAAGCUAGACGACAUUUCUAGUUCUCAAAGCAAGUGAAACUUUCAGUGAGAAAUUGUACUUGCUUCUUAGCGACUAGGUGAGUAAACUACUGCACACUCAUGCUGAGCAGAGGGGGAUGUCCAGUUAGAAAUGAUGUCUAAGGUUAACUAAAUACAAAUAAUACCUUGAUAUUUUUCCUCAAACCUUAAACAGACCAUCGAGGACAUUGUUUUUAACCGUAAUAUUUAACCAGAGUGACAUUAUAGAGAAGGUUCAUGAGAGUAAAUCUCACAGAGGUGUAAACUAUCUGUGUAAACAGAUUGACAUUGUGGUCACAUUGACCUCUAGUGGUGAGAGCCGGUAUGGCUUUAUCUCUUCUGUGUGAACCCUUCUGUUUCUGUUUGAGAGCUGGGAAAAUUAGAUUGAAUAGCCAUGUAUGUGUUGCUAAUUGCUAAUUUCCCACAGUUUACGGGAUACCUGACUGAACUCUAACAUUUCACAGACAACAGACAUUAGUUAGGCAAAAAAAAAAAAAAAAAAAAAAAAAAAAAAAAAAAAAAGGGAAAGAUUGAGGCCCAGUGUUUAGUCCUGAGGAACGUUAUAAUAUGUAAGGUUGUAGUUUUUAAUCCUGGACACAAUUAAUACAAGAAACAGUAUAAAACUGUCAAAUGAAUAAGAUUUCUACAAGCAUAGAGUCAUGUAAUUAGUCUGUAGCCCUAACUGAGGAUUUGACUCCAGGGAUGCCCAGCUACAUGUAUCAAACUGAUCAUGGCGACCUGGAUGAGUUUGACAUUGUGGCUUUUCCUGGCCCUCUUAUGAGGUGAGACUCUCUUCUCCUCUCAUAUAAGAUAAAUCGAACAUUUGUUGUAAGCAGUAAUGUUUUCAACCGUAUCGUGUGCAGUAAUCGUCAUAAUCCAGCUGUGUUCCAACAUCUGUUGCAGCAAUAAGAUGCAGAUAGAGAGACCUGCUGAAGUUUAUAAAGUGCCAAGUAGAGGAGUGUCUCAGUCGGAUUAAAGAACUUGACCAAAUGGAGGCCUACUUCUUUCGGCAGAUUAUGGACUUGUUCUGCCGUCAGAACGGAGUAAGUGUUAUAGUUCAGUAUGUGUGGUGUUUAACUUUGUAAGCAAAUGUGUUUUUCAUGAAAGUAAAGAUUCUCUGAAUUAUAAUAAGUGCCUAAAAGAAUAAAUCUAGUAGCUGUGCUAUUCAUAUUCAGUUACAUCCCUAAUACCUACAAUGCAUGUGUAACAUAAUGACAUUUCUUACAGAACAUGAUGAUGGCUCAAGUCGCCACAAUCCUCUUCAAGGGAGACGGCUUAAUUAGGAAGAAGCUGAGAGGAACUGAGGACCUGAAGUACUGGUUCCUUUCUCUGGCACAACUUUUGUGCUCCUCUGCCCCAUAUGAUGAGUGAAGAGAAGCCGUGAUUCAGAUGGGAGAUGAUCUCGCCUUCAAAGGACUGACGUUCGCAGCGCACAUCUGCUACGUGGUGGCAAAAGUGGAGCUGGGGACACGUAGUCAAUUCGAAUUGAUCGGAUAUGACAGUGUGCCAUUUGGUCUGACAGUCCUGACUUCAGCCGUUGAGAGAACCGAGGUUUACGAAUACGUGCUGUCUCUGACCUCAGGCCUGGCCCAACCAAACUUACAGGUUCACCCAGGCUGAAUUUCCCGAGGAAGCCAUGCAGUAUUGCGAGACCAUUGCCAGGGCAGUCAUCACCUUCCCCGGCAGAAUCAAAAGAAGCUUUGUUAAACGGCUCAUUUUGCUGUUUAACAUGCUGCAAGAAGGGGCAGAAGAACAAGAACCUGUGUGGCUGCUAGAGCUUUGCCAGCUGUAUAAAUCAAAGCUACUGACGCAGAUGCUAAUUCUGACUCAGAGCAGUACUCAACAUCAACCGGCUCUGAAAUGGCGUACAAGCUUCAGAACUCAGAAACUAGCUGGACGAGUGACAAGAUCAUCACUCCGCAGUCUCCUGAUGUGGAGCAGACUGACCCAGAGGUCGUGUUUGCUUCACGGUGCGCCACGGGAGAGCUGCUGAGAAUGGGAAGCUUCGGAUCUGUCUACGCAGGCAUCCGUGUGGAAGAUGGGAAAGAGGUUGCCAUCAAAACUGUGGACAAGAACAUCGUGACCAACAUCUUGAUCAUUCCCGGAGAGAGGCGCAAGCUGCCAUUGGAGGUGGCUCUAAUGGAGAUGGUGUCCAAGCCACCUCGCCGCAGCAACGUGGUGGAGCUGCUGGACUAUUUCGAAAUGACCGAUCGCAUCGUCAUGGUCCUGGAACGACCCAGCCCCUGUAUGACCCUCAAAGAUUUCGCCAGACUUCAUGACGGCUGUCUAACUGAUACACAGACACGAGACAUCAUGCUGCAAGUGGUUCAGGCGGCUCGUCACUGCUGUGACCGCAAAGUGUUACAUUGCAGCAUCAAGGCCGAGAAUCCACUCAUCAAUACCGACAUGAUGCAAGUCAAAAUGAUAGAUUUUGUCUGCGGAGAUUUACUGAAGGACACACCGUACAGAAAGUAUGCAGAUCCCUUCUGGAACCAAAGAUGUGGCAACAGCCUGACCACAUACUGCAAAACACACACACACACACACACACACACACACACAAACUUCAAACAUUUUUGACAUUCUGCUGGAAAAAUCCAUAUUUCUUUUUGAUCACUGACUGCUAAACACAAAUCCUGAUUGGUUGAAGAUUUGCUCGGCAGGCCAUCUGUUCAAUUGAUGCCACUGUGCUGGAACGCCUCCUCCGGGCCUUGCCUGAACUCUGGUGCAAAGUGCUACUUGAAAGAGAGACUGAGAUCAGCUUGACAAAUACAAACCACUACAAUAAACAAUGAACCAAAGCAAUCUGUUAGCACAUGUUAAUGAUAUCUUGAAUAAUUGAUCGAUUUAUGGGAGUUGUGUUUUUCCCCACCCGAGUACUGUAUUACAAGAUAAAUGUGCUUAAACAAAGUAACAGAAUAACACUUAUUGUCUGUCUAAAAUAUUUCUAUUUGUUUUUUUGUUUUUUUUAAAAAUAUAUUUUCAAUUUAUUAUUUGCUUUGACAUCUGACAUGAUUUAUCUUGGUUUCUUUCUUCUUUUUUUUACAUCAUAAAACCCUGCUAUUUUAAUAGGGGUGUGUAGACUUUUUAUUUCCACUGUAAGGUGUGUUUUUAAAGCAUCACCACCCUCCUACACACACUGUGGCAGUCUGUCAGUACACUAACACAGAUGAUUUCAAAGAUGAUGAAUAUCUUGCGAUCACUGUUUGUCUUAACGGCUUUCAUUGUACCAUAUUUAGAGUUUCUGUUUGUUAUCUGCAGAUUUCCCUCUCAGGUAUUGUCAUGUUACAAAGAUGGAUACGGAAGCCAGUGCAGAUCUUCUAACAUUAAACAAACAAACAAACAAACAAACAAACAAACAAACAAACAAACAAACAAACAAACAAACAAAAUACACCGCCACAAUAACAUGAGGCAAAAUACUGUGGCAAAAACUAAACAUGGACGUGUGGCCGAAGAAGCAGUACAAACAGUGGCUAUAUAUAGGAGUGCUCAUUAAACAGAAACGUGA